UUUGUUUUGAUGCGGGGAAGUUUUGGCCAGCUCGGUUUGAUGUAGAACACAGUUUUUAUUCGUUUGCAAAUAUAUUUGUAUUUGUGUGCAAUGCGCAAUUUUAUCCCACCGCUUCAAACCACCACCACUGUCUUAUUGCCCUCGUUUUCUUACGCGUCGUCUUAUCAUCAGCCCUGAUUGGGGAGUUAGGUCCUUGAGUCUGAACUUUCUGGCGGAGGCAGAAAGCAUAACGUUAUCCCUGCUUUCCGGUUUCUGCCGGUUGUUGUUUUCGAUGUUCGCCGGUAAUGCACGUGCAUACUGCUCAAGUGUGUGGUUAUGAGAUCAUCUCGAAAUCAGUUCAGAUAUCGGACUACAAAGAGUGCUACAGAGAGUCAGCGUUUCAUCAUCAGACAGGUGCCAAUUGCUGAGGAACAAAAGAUGGCUGCUGCCCAGAAGCAUGUGCUGCGUGUGUAUGUUGCUCGAGACACCCUUAAACUUACUCUACUUGAGCGACCAAAGUCAGUGGAGGAGCUGAAAGAAAUAAUGCAAGAGAGGUUCAAGCCGAGGCUGGAUGGGGACUUUAGCCUGCACUAUGAGGAUCCGGACUUUGAUGGUGAUCUUUGUCUUCUUUUGGACAUCCAGGAGUUACCAGAGAAGGGCACACUAAGAGUCGUCAGAUCUGAAGGUGACACCUCAUCUACUGGAUCUUCUGACACAGACAUACUCCCACAUGUACCUGCUUUACAGCGCCAGAAGAGUUGGCCUGAUCACUUUGUUGUUCCUGGUUUUGGUUAUGAAAUGGAGCAUAUACUAGAUGAAGGAAAUCGUGUUUAUGAAGAAUCAGGAAAAUUGCUGAAGUUAAAGAGGUCACAGAAGAGUGAAAUCCUUAAAAAGAUGGCAGAAACGAUCUACACUUUUAAACCCUACCCACAUGAGAAGGAGUUGGCAAUGGCUGCUCAAGCUUUGAUUAUAGCUCAUCCAUGUCUCAGAAUGACGGCUGGUGAAGACGGGGAGUUGGGAUGGAAACGUCACAUAGGGUACAAGGUUGCGUCUUACCGUAACAAUCUGGCCAAAGCUGGGGUUGCAGAAGUAGCCAUCAACACAGGGAGGCGGAGCCGAAACAACCCAGACAACGAUCACCCCCAUCAAAACAUAAAGAAAGCUCGCAAAGCAGAGGUCAAUUACAUCAUCAACCUACCAAAGGAUCAAACCCCAGCCACUCUGGAAACAAUGAGAGAAGAAAUCAUACAUGAAGUCGAAAAGACUGAGAGAAACCAAUUAGUCAUAGGCAGGCUCAUGAACACAACCUAUGCCCUUCGUCGCCAAGAAAUUGUUGGCGCUCUUGUAGCUCCACGGGUGAGAGACGUCGUGGACAGAUGGCCAGCCCUACUUAUGGAGUCACAGGUGUUUGCAGAGUUCCACAGAAUCAACAACGUUAACCUGCGCAAUCAAUUCUACAAGGAGCUGGACAGACACAUGCCUAAACUCAUCACCUUGUUCAGAGACAAGGCCACCAAGACUGGCAAGAUAGCGGAGGAGCUAGCCAAGCUCAUGAGGAUUUAUGACCUUCAGGAACAACGUGAUACAAAUAUGAGACGGGCCCUCGUCCUUCGUGCACUUCCUGUGUACCUGCGUGAAGAUGCCUCCAAGUUCUUCAGGACCUGUAAUUCAGCAGAUGGUCCAGACCUCACUGACACUCCAGUGGCUCUCCUGACAGUCGUCAUGGAUGACACUACUGAUGUGGCCCUCUUCAGCCCUGAGAGCAUCUGUAUUGUUGUGGAGGAUGAAAUACUUGUAAGUGGUCCCACAAAUCUGGCUGACUCAUUUGUCCUGCUCUUUGGGUACAUCUAUGCACUAGACCUAAAGUAUCCAAAGAGUCUUGAGCUUACAUUUACAUUCAUCCAAAAAGUUGUGAUGUGUCUUGAGGACAACAAACCACUGAAAGGGCGUCUACUGACACUGAAGAAUGAUUUGUUCUAUGAGUGAAUAUCCCAGAAUGGACUAUUUGUUGAGCUGAGUAUUGAGGAAGGUUUUUCUUUUUUCCCCUGUUAACAAAUGUAACCAUUUGCCUCUUCUACCUCAGAUUUCUACUCAGUACAAAGCCUAAUUAGUUAUGCUGAAUGUGGCACAGUUUGCAUCUUCAAUUCACUGUUCAAUUCAUGCACUAUACAUGUUUAAUGUUCUGUUGCCUAAUGCCUACGUUGAUGCACUGCCUUGAUGUUGCCAGUUGAAGUACGGCACAGUAGAGACAAGUACUUUAUUUGAAUGUUUUAUUUUAAAAAAGUGAUUUGUAGCCUUCAAGGUACAGUAAGUGCUGACAAUGACCACUAUCAGAAUAUGGAACUAUUGAGAAGACACUUA